CUCUGAAUCCCUUUCUGUCAUCGUCUGUCUUUCAAAUUAUAAAAUUUUAGUGGAUUUUGAUCUAAACUUGUUUUUGAAAGCCAGGUGAUUCAGAAUAGAGAUCCAGGUUGUUUUGAUUUUCAAUUCCUCUUUUUUUUUUUUUCUUUUAAAUUUUUUAGCUCUAAUCUGAUCAACUAAGAGGGUUUGUUUUUGGUCCCUCAAGGUUGGUUUUCCUUUUUCAAGGAUAUCGUUACUGCCUGUUCUUUGAUUUUGGUUUAAGAAACAGGUUGUUUUGAUCCAUUUUGUUGGGUAGAAAUGGCAGCAGCUAUAGAUAUGUACAAUAGCAGCAGCAACAACAACUCAGGUUUCUCUGACCCUUUCAGAGAAGAGUUGAUGAAGGCACUUGAACCUUUUAUGAAGAGUCCUUCAUCAACUUUACCUUUGUCCUCAUCCCCCUCUUCUCCAUCUUACCCUCCGUGUUCAUUCUCUCAGUUCACUUCACCUUCACAGCCCAAUUUGUACCCUGAAUUUUGCACUCCAUCAUAUACCCAGUUUUCACAUGGGUUCACUAGUUUUAACACCCAGAUGGGUCUUGAGAAAACAGGUCCAAUUGGGCUUAACCAUCUUACCCCUUCACAAAUCCUUCAAAUCCAAACUCAAAUCUAUCUCCAACAGCAGCAGCAGCAGCUUGUUUCAGUAGCCACACCAUCACUCAACACCCCAAGGGUCAACUUUCUUUCCCCAAAGCCUGUCCCCAUGAAACAGGUCUCCACCCCUUCAAAGCCCACAAAGCUAUACAGGGGAGUGAGACAGAGGCACUGGGGCAAAUGGGUAGCUGAAAUUAGACUCCCCAGGAACCGAACCCGCCUCUGGCUUGGCACGUUCGAUACAGCAGAAGAAGCUGCUUUAGCCUACGACCAGGCCGCUUAUAAGCUCAGAGGAGAGUUUGCCAGGCUCAAUUUCCCUCACCUCAAGCACCAAGGAGCUCACAUCUCUGGCGAUUUUGGCGACUACAAGCCUCUCCACUCCUCUGUUGACGCAAAGCUACAGGCUAUUUGUGAGAGCCUGCAGAAACAGGGGAAUACAGGAAAGCCUGAACCCAUCGUCGACACAAAGUCCGUGAAUGUUACUCCUUCAGAGCCCAAGACGGAGUUUGAUUAUUCAGUAAAAAGUGAGGAACCUGACUCCCCCAGGCUGAGUAAUUCCAAGGUGGAGAACUCAUCCUCCUCCCCGGACUUAUCCGAAGAGUCAUUGGCCGGUUCUUCUUCACCAGAAUCUGACAUCAUUUUCUUGAAUUUCCCUGAUUCCAAGUGUGAGGAGACUAACAAUCUCGGAUUGGAAAAGUUUCCUUCCGUGGAGAUUGACUGGGAAGACAUAAUGAAGCUAUCUGAAUCAUAAGCACUUUAUAUUUUUAUCAUGUAAUAUGUUCUUCGUUAAGGUCUUUAGUUAGUCUCUCUGGUAGCUUCUGCCAUGAAAUUUUUGGAAUUUGCAGAGGUACUAGUAGAGAAUUUUAGGUGUCAGUUUGAUAGGAAGAGAGAUCUCUCCCUCUCCAAUCUUGGUCUUGCUGGUACAUUUUUUCCUGGCCUGACCAUUGGAGGGUUUCGUGUUAUCUUUUAUGUAAUCUUUUUGUUGCAUCCUUGUAGGCGAGUUCAAAGUAAAUAUCAUUGUCUUCUUCCUUUGAGAUAUACAUUUCAUGUUCAUGUAUCCCUGUUGUGUAUAUAGAAAUGGUCUUCGACUGCACAUGAUGUCUCUGCAU